AUUUCUUUAAUUUACCAUAAUAUACUACUCAUUUGGAAAUACCUUUGGAUACACUUCACUUAGGCUUGCAUCUGGCAGCUCGAAGGUUUCGAACGUUGGACGUCUUCUGCACAAGGCAAAGCUGCAGCGAGAUUCGAACGUUAGACGUCUUCUGCAACAACAAUGGCGGCAAUUGUGAGAGCAUUAAUAAUCUUCGUGCUAAUGGCGGUAGCAGAAAGUGUGAUGACACAGCAGACAGACGCAGCUAUAGACUGCACCGACCCCAUCGUGAGCCUCUCACCAUGCCUUUCUUACAUGACGAGAUCAGCCAAGCUUUCCAUUCCUGACGACGAUUGCUGUGACUCACUGGCCACAGUCAUCAACACCCACGCAGGGUGCUUGUGCGAGCUCGUCUCCAGGGACGAUUUUCUGGGCUUUCCCAUUAAUCAAACCAUCACUCUCUCGCUCCCUUCCACCUGCGAUAUUCAAUAUCCGCGUGAACUUGACCAGUGCAUAGUUGUUCUUCCACCUUCUAGCGAUGGACCUGUUGUUCAGCCUGGCUCGAAUCCACCGCCACGACUAUUUCAUCCCGAAGCUCCAUCGCCGGCGCUUGAGGCUGUUCCUCCGGUGCUUGAAGCUCCGCCAAUGGAGAGCGUUCCCGAUCAGCCGGAUGAUUCGCCCUUUCCAAAUGUUAGCAUUGCUGGAGCCCUUUUCACGCAAUCUUUAUUACGGCUAUUUUGGGGAUCACUGCUAACCGCCAUUUUAACUGUCGGUUAUUUGCAUUGAAGUUUGAUACACCGGAGGUUUAAAACUUCAACAUAUUUCUUCUUUUGCCAUGGAAACAGAGUUCAAAGUUAUAUUUAGCAGUGAAUGAAUUGCUGUUGUCUGUAUUCCGAAUUUUGAGACACUUCUCUGCAAUCAAUGUUACAUAUAUAUCUGUUAUGGCUAAUCUAUUUCUUUGACAGUCUCCUCGCUUAAACUGUGGAGUACUUUUGAAAAAAUGAUGUGUUUCUGUAAUCUGUUAUAAUGGAUAUUGAUGUUUAAAGUCUAGAGGUAUUUAUUUCGGACAAAAAGAUUUCAUUAC